CAUUUUCUCUCUCAAGUCACUGUCGUGUGGCGUACAAACAAAAAUUUACGAAAGCUGAUGAAAAAUGUUCAAAAUUGCAGUAAAAACAUUGAUCAAUCGUGUUCAAGUUUGUUUCACAGUGCGAAUUUUAUACCAUAUCGUUGUUUCUGGUAGGAAUUGUGUGGUUAUAUCCUAGAGUGGCCAUCAAAAAUAAUAUACAAAUUGUAGUUGAAGUUUCAUAGUGUGGUUCAGGAUAUUGAACGCCAGUCUGCUCUGUUCUUCAACUUGAUGUAUAGUAUAUACAUGCUCAGCAGGUACAAAGCAACGAGUGCUCUUGUCAUUGCUGUAGCUGUUCGACUUUAUUGUCCUGCCUAGUGUCGUGGUGAAUGGACUAUUAUUCAGUCCCUGUACAGUAGAGCGCACGCAAGCAAACGCAAAGUUCUUCGGAAAAAGGAUCCAUUGGGCGUUGCAGAUCCUACUUGUUUGUGGUAGUUUUUGCUUUCGGGCAUUUUAGCUGAUGGUGUUUCCGUGUGUGUUUCUACUUCGGUUUCUGUUCACGUACCACCGUAGAUAGGUACUGUGUGUAGUGCGAAAUUCUGAACGAUCAAGACUGCAAAAUGGAUACUGUACAAACCAGUGAAGAAAAUGUUGCAGUGCACGGCCAGUUGGAUGAAAAAAUUUGUCGAUUGUGUUGUUUGGAAGACCAGCAAGAACUGAGUUUGAUCUUUCCAGAUGGUUCAUCAGAUGAAUCUAACAAAUUACUUCUCAAAAAGAUCUUCGAAUGUACGACAGUGCAGAUCAUCAACGAGGGGGACGAUCAGAACGCCUCGAUUUGUCGGGGUUGCGUUGACAAAAUUGACGACUUCUUUACUUAUCGGGAACAGUGUAGGGAGAAUGAUGACCGCAUUCGUCAGCGGUCACACAACUCUCCUCAAAUUCGUAUUAAACAGGAGAAAGACCUUCAUCUAGACAUCAGCAUCAACGAACCAAAUCUGGCAUGUGAGGAUGAAUUUCUGCUGGAAGAAUCUUCACAACCUAGGCCUGCUUCCUACUCGACGACGACAGUGAACGAGUUUCAACCCGGGUCCGAAAAUGAACCAAUCAACAAAGAUGGAGAAGAUAGCUUGCUUCAACCCAUGUCAUCCCGGUCCAAUAAUACCCCCUCACAACUGAAUCACACAACGGAUGAGAUAACUAUUAAACGUGAAACGAUAGUGGAUGAUGACGAUGUAUACUACAACAGCGAUGGCGAAGUUGCGGAUGUAUCGGCAUCCGCCAAGUCACAUUAUCAGCCGGAAUCAGCAGAGAGUCAGGUCGGAGUUCCCGGCAGCAGUGGACAGAAAGCCCAGUACCGUAUUGUCAUGAACGCGAAUAAUCGCGAACGAUUGGUCUAUCAGGGAUAUUUGUACUGUCGCCACUUCUCCAGACGUGAUGGUUCGAUUCAUUGGAGAUGUCGACUUGGUGGAUGUCAGGCAGCAGUCAAUUUACACUUGGACGGAACGAUAACACAUGCGAAUGGUAAUGCACAUUGUCAUGCCCAAAAUGGGUUGGAUGAAGAUUUGGGACGCUCUGGUCCUGAUGAAGAAGUAGCUGUCGUCGAUGUUGAUGCUUCUUGUGAACAGUUUGGAGAAGAAGAUAUAUCACAAGAGGAAAUGAACGAUUCGGAACCAGUGGCGGUCAGUGCAGACAGUUUGCAAAUAGUUCCAAACAAAAAGAAGGGGGAAACAUUAGUGCAUCUAGGAUUCAAAUACUGCAAACGUUAUCUAAAGAUGGAUGGAUCGACAUUUUGGAAGUGUCGGUCCAACAACAAUAAAUGUUCCGCAGGCGUUUAUGUGUAUCCUGAUUCGAGAGUCAAAUACCAUGGCAUACACAAUCAUGAAAAAGUCGUGGAUGGACAGGAGGCCGAACUGGACAACUCAAUGGAAGAUGAAGUUGACCAGCCUUAUAUGAUCAUUGAAGAUGUAGAAGAUGAUGAUGAUCAGGAAGAAGAAACCGAAGGUUACACUGAUGAUAUGGCGACUUUAUUGACGAACAGUCUUGAAGUGAUGAUGCCUGGAGAUCAAAAACAAGUGAAGAAAAAUUAUGAAAUCACGACGAAUGUUAAGGGCAGAGAGUGUUUAAUCUAUGAGGGCCAUCAGUACAGCAAAGACAGAGAACGAGUUGAUGGUGCAGUAUUCUGGCGUUGUCGAAGAAAUUAUGACAAAUGUCGGGCAAUGGCUAUUGUUUAUCGAAAUGGUAAAGUCGAGAAAUGUGGCGAACAUUUCCAUGAAACUGAUAAACGCUAUCUGGAACGACAAGAGCUUGGCAAUGGCAGCAAGAUGUAUCGUAUAACAAAAAAUCAAAGAGGUAAUGACGCUCUGGUUUUCGAGGGUCAUCGAUUCAGCAAAGAAUGGUCUCGUGUUAAUGGUUCCAUCAUCUGGCGUUGUUCAUAUAAAAGUGGCAUAUGUAAGAUGAAAGUUGUUCUUAACGCCGAUGGAUUUGUUCAUCAUAUGGGAUCUGAUCAUGAACACGAUCACGAGAAAACGGAAGCACCAGUUACGGAAGAAUUUGUUACUGACGACGUUGUUGAGGUAACUGAUGAUUCAUUGAUAACGCCGGUACGUAGCCAACCUAAAUUGGUCAGUCAACCUGCGCUUCCUACAUGUCCGACCUUCACCCCCGAGCAACAGGCAGCAGGUGGUUAUCGUAUAGUUAAGAAUCGCAAAGGUUUCGAAGCAUUGGUUCAUGAUGGGUAUCGCUAUUGUAAAGUGCGGGUUAGACAGGAUGGUUCUGUCAAAUGGCUAUGCAAAAUGAAUAAAAAAACAUGCCGAGCGGCAGUUGAUUUGUUCCCUGAUGGAACGGUUACCAAAGCCAGUGAGUAUGACCAUAACCAUGAACGACCAACGGAUAUGGAUACAAUGGAAGAAGAAGAAGAUGUUGAUAGUUCCGGAUUUGAAACAACUUAUCCCAUUGACCCGGAAGUAUUUGGAAACAGCCAGUGGUAUUAUGUAAAGAACAGUAAAAACGGAAUUAGUAUGAUUCACGCCGGCUACCGAUACACUAAAAAGUGCGAUCGUGUUGAUGGAACAUCACUCUGGCGCUGUUCCGCAUCGCAGAGGGGAUGUAAAGCGGGUGUUAUUCUGUUCCCCAACGACACACUUGCUAUGGUUGAAAAUGCUGAACAUUCGCAUAAACCAUACGAGAGCGUUAAACCGACGGAAACCGAAAGCGACGGGACGGAAACUAAAAAAUCUGAUGUAAUUGAUAUCAGUGAACCGGAUGAAACGGUGGAUGAUUCCCAGAUAACCAUGCAUUCGUUGCUACAAACUGUGCUCGGUGGAGACGAAGUUCCCUGGAUGGGCGGUGAAACGGAAAGUGAACCAGCAUCUGAGUCCGUAUGGUUCAAUAGCUCCACUGACCGGCCUUACCCACGUCCAACUGGACCGCCUAAUUUCCGAAUUAUCAAAAAUCGACGUAAAACAGACAGUUUGGUUCAUCGUGGGUACCGAUAUUGCAAAAUACGAGACCGUCAGGACGGUUCAAUUUUGUGGUCCUGUCAAAUGAACAAGAAAACAUGUAAAGCUUCCGUCAAUUUGACAACAGACGGUCGUGUGGAAGUUAUCAAUGGAAAGCACAAUCAUCAGCAAACCGAUGUAGACGAUAUCGAGGAGGCACCAGCAGUGGAAACUGUAGUGGAUUCAGGCUCAGAUGUUGAACUCACCGUGGAAGAACCAGCAAAACCAAAACCAACGAGUCAACCUGAUAAGCACCCCGACUACUACUACAGUAUGAAUAAGAGCAAUCGCGAAUGUUUAAUCCAUAAGGGGUAUCGUUUUUGUAAACGAAAUGACCGCCCCGAUGGAUCGACGGUCUGGCGUUGUUCCAUGGGAGGAAACACAUGCAUGGUGGUAGUUACGAUUCAAGCGGAUGGUACGCCAGAACAGAACUCCAUCGUACACAACCAUAGACCUUUGGACGAUCUGCCACCAGAGAUUGAGAGAGCAGCCAAACCAACAGCUGCGGCGUCUGUCGGAAGUGAGACGAAUGAAGUUACAGUAUACAAUCGACAAGGGGACAUGCUUGAGUGGAAAGGAUUUCACUAUCGUAAAAUCAAAGAACUACCGGAUAGCUGUAUAAUAUGGAUUUGCAAAGUAGAUAGCUGUCGGGUAGCUGUUAAAAUGCUUCCGAACAAUCAGCUGAAGAUGCUGAGUGAAUCAGAACAUAAUCAUACAGCUCCAGGUCAGCUGUCGUCAAGUUCUGCCUCAGCUGCACCUAGCAAAUCUACGUCCAACGUAUCCUCUCCUGGAACCAAACAACGUAGUUAUCGACUGUUCAAAAACCAACGAGGGCAAAUGACACUUUUGUACAAAGGCUUCCGGUAUUCCAUACGCAAUCGCAACCAAGAUGGUAGCUCAACAUGGAAAUGUCGUGCUAAUGCUAGUUGUCGUGUUAUCAUUCACUUAAUGCCCGAUGAUCGCAUCGUACCUGGCAGCGGUCAAGUAGAUCAUAACCAUGAACCCAACUGGGAAACACCGAAAAGUCUGGAUUCGGCUGCACAAACUCGUGUAAAUCCUCUUUACGAUUACUUGAAUAUUAUACCAGGAAGCAGUUCACAGCCAUCACAGCCGCAAGAAGCAGUUCCGCAAAAAGAAGAUCAAACAGAUACAUCACAAAAUGCACAAUCAUCUCCAGACUCCAACAGUUUCGGCCGGAACGUCAUCGAACACAAGGGUUACUAUUAUCGGCUAGUGGUACGGAAGAAAAAUGGUCGCGAGUAUUGGCGAUGUGUUCACUUUAAAAAUCGUGCAUGUCGUGCAGCUCUGUUCUGUCGAGAUAACGGAGCGAUUGUUACAUCCAGCAAUGGCAAGGAACAUUCGCAUAGUGGAGGAGCAAAUGGAAAACCGUUACCUUCAAUGGCUGGUUCUUCCAAUGGAUACAAGGUUAAGGCUGAUUCAUCUGGUUUACCACUCGCGAGAUCACAGGCUCAACCGUCGCCGCCGGAAGAAGUUUCGUUGGCUCGCGGAGAUGAGGAACGCUACAUUGAUCACGGUGAUUAUGUGAUCGCUAAAAAUCGCAAGGAUCAGAAUACCCUGAUCUUCAAAGAUCGUCGAUAUUAUCUAUCAUACAACCGAAGUGAUGGGUCGGCUGUUUGGCGCUGUGCUCAUCGUAAGCGCUACAAAUGCUAUGCAUAUGUUAGAUUACGUCCCGACGGUCGUUUACUCAGCACAGGCGAACAUGAACAUUCACACUCGCUAAACAACUCUGAGCAAACGUCCACACCGGAGGCAAAGGAAACUAAAAAUUAUAAAAUUGUAAAGAACCGUGUUGGAAAUGAUAUCCUUAUACAUGAUAGUCAUCGAUUCCGCUUAAACUACCAAAGAAAUGAUGGAACAACGCACUGGAGGUGUGUUUGGGCAAGAAGUAACCAUUGUUCCGCCGGUGUUUACUUGAUGAACAACGGUGUUCUCAAGAACGCUGCCAACGAGGCACAGAUCAUACACAAUCAUCCUCCACCGGGUCAGGUGAAGAAAGCAGUAGCUGGAAAAGUUGACUCACAAUUGAAUGAGGGACAACAGACGUCCUCUCAGUCGAAAUCCGAGACAGAUGAGCAAAGCCGGACGAUACCAGAAGCCGAAGGCAUAACAGAUUACAAGUUCAUUGAAGAAGGAUCCAACAAGAUACUUGUGUGUCGUGGUUACCGCUACUGGUACACUUGGAUUCGCAAGGAUGGCAGUAUCUAUUAUCGAUGCGCAGAAGUUAAGCGACUUCAAUGCCCUAUGGGCACCUUAUUACUGUCUAAUGGUAAACUUAUACGUGCAAACGAACACCCUCACAAUCAUAAUCCGACUCAAUUAGAACCCGAGGAAGAUUUUCUAGGAUUUCCGACAGAAGCCAAAGCGGUAGAUGUUCCACAGCAGGAGGAAAAAGUGGUGUAUUAUCCUCCGCUUCCGAUUCCUCCUGAUGGUGAUGCCGACUACAAAAUUGUAAAAACAUCUCGUGGAGAAUCCUUGAUCUACAAAGGUUAUCGGUACUGGGCCAAGAAUCGACUUGCAAAUGGAAUUGUUUCACUAUGUUGUACGCGUAAAAAAAUGAAAAAAUGUCCUGCGAUGUUACGUUUACUAACAAACGGUAGAAUAAUUGACCCAAUUGGUGCCGGUCAUACACAUCCACCGAAUAUCGAAGGUGGAAGCGCCACGGAUACUUCUAUGCAGCUAACUCCAUUGUCAAUAGCACCGGUAUUACCAAAACCUACAGUUGUAAAGGAACCUGCGAAACCAAAAGAAAGUCAGCAAUCAGUAGCACCUAAACUGCCUCCUUUAUCGUUUAAUGAAGAAUCCGAGGACGACGCCGAGCAAGGUGACGAGUCGCUGAUUGGUUCUAGAAGAUAUGUCUUCAUGAAAAGUACAUCACAACGAAAUUUCAUCGUUUUCGAAGGAUUCGUGUACGAUUUCGAGCACAAGCAGCAUGACGGUUGCGUUUUUUAUCGCUGUAAAACUAAUGAAGCUUGUUCAGCGUCGCUGAUGUUGCUUACGAAUGGUCGAGUAAUGAAUUUAGACGACUCGCUUCAUAUUCAUGAAAAGCCCGAUCUCACCAAUCUAAGACCGGUCGGACGGGGAUCCAAAGAGUUCAAGAUUGUACAGAACAAAAAUGGCAGCAACAUAUUGGUACACCGAGGUCAUCGAUACACAACACCACGUGCAAAGACAGACGGUGCUGGCAUCUGGUACUGUCACACAUACGUGCCGACCCUCAACCGCCGUUGUUACGUUCCAAUAGAAUUACUUCCAAACGGUCGAGUGGCCCCUGUUAGUGAAAAACAACAUCAACACACAGCUCCAUUUAAAACGAAGCAAGAAACACAAGCAGCCCCAGUGGACGAUCCGAAGGACAAUAUUAGCCCUGUUAAAUCGGAGCCAUCGAGUGAGCCUGAGGGUAAAAGUGACAACCGAAUGUUACUGUUGGGAGGACACAGGUACAAUUAUGCUCAUAAAAGAGACGACGAUGCCAUACUUUGGAAGUGUGCUAAAAGCUCAUGUAAUGCAUCAAUGUAUCGGCUAACUGAUGGUCAGAUUGUAAAGGGUCCUGAUCAUAAUCACGAAAAAAUGGAUACAUCAGAUUCCGCCAAAAGCCACAAGCGUAAAUACGUUGAGGUUGAAACAAAGCCAAACAGUUCUAGUCCUAUCAACCCCGGCGACGACUCUGUAGCAACCAGAACAUCAAAGGUAGACACAUUCAAAAAGAAUCCUUAUAUUGGUAAAUCAAUUACCCACGAGGGCUAUCGAUAUGUUUAUUAUUUGACUCGGCGAGAUGGCUCCGAACAUUGGCGUUGCUGUCGUCGCAUCCCGCUAAAAUGUAGAGGUGGUCUUUUCAAGCAAGUCGAUGGUACACUGUCUCAUUCAAAUGAUGAAGGUCAUACGCACCCUCCAGAAACUACCGAUUACGAAGACACGUUGCCGGUGACAUAUACUGCCCCUGAUGAAACAUCCCAAGAUUCCAUUGAUUCUGCAGAACACGAGGAAUCGGUUACCGAACCGGCAUCUUAUUUGGACGACGAGGGUUCCUACGAUUACGAAUUGGUGGACGUGAAAGGCAAAAAACGAGGUUUUUACCUCAUUCAUAAAGGAGCUAUGUUCGUUACCGGACAUACGAGACGCGAUCGGGCACGUUAUUACAGAUGCCGAACAGUAGGCUGUCGAGUGGCAAUGCUGUUACAUCGAAACGGAUUACUUGUAAGGACAAAUGAGCACACCCACGACUGUCAGAAUGCAGUCAAGACUGAUGAAGUCGAGAGAACUGAUGUAGAAGAACAUAUGGAUGAACAAUCCGAAGAAAACAGCGCCAAAAAGUUACGGUUGGACGAAUCCGAUGUAGAAGAAGAAUCAAUGCUAGAAACAGCAGAUGUUGAACCGCUCGAUGCUCCAAUAACUAAUGGGAGUGAAUCCGCAGAAGUUGUUGUGGUUGAAGUCAAGGAAGAACCCGUUGAUGCACUGUAGGCUCGGCCGUACUAGAGAGUAGUGCAUUUGAAUUAUUGUAUGUAGAACAGUUGUUCUUCUUAUUUAAUAGUCUUAUAAGUAUUUAUCUAUUACCUUCUUAUAUCUAACAUACACGCAAAGUUGAUGUAAUACAUGUAUUUGGACCUGUGAGCAGCAAUAGCAUAAAUGGACAAAAAUAAAAGUAAAACUUAA